CCCCGCGCUAGCACCGGUUCGAAUCCCGGCGCCGCUCCCCGCCGGCCGCCACCGCCCGGCCUCGCAGGGGCGGGGAGAGGAGGGCGGCCCGCAGCCGAGCGCGGCCCAUCCCUGACCCGAGCUCCGGUUCCUGCGCUUCCCGUGGCCGGGAAGAGGCGGGGAGGAGAAAGGCGAAGCGUGAAAGCCGGAGCGCAGCUGCCUGGCCCGGGCCGCCGGCCGCUGCCCGCCCUGGGGCGGCUCCAGCCUCCGUCCGGCGGGCGUGCGGCGAGCCCGGGGCCUGUGGGGAGCCGCGGGGCCCUUCCCGGCGGGGCGAGGCGGGGCGAGGGAAUCAGAGAAUAAAGAUGGGGACUCCUGGAUCAGGACGGAAGAGAACUCCAGUGAAAGACAGGUUUUCUGCAGAAGAUGAAGCUCUGAGUAGCAUUGCCAGAGAGGCAGAAGCCAGGCUUGCAGCGAAACGGGCAGCUCGAGCAGAAGCAAGAGAUAUACGUAUGAGAGAGCUGGAGCGACAGCAAAAAGAGUUUUCUCAGCAUUCAUAUGAUAGAAAAUGGGCUCAUAUCCAGAAAUGGGUGGAAGAUUCAGAGAGGGCCAGGUAUUCUCACCGGUCCAGUCGACAUUCAUAUUUGAGUCCUUUGGAUAUCAGUGGGUCUCACAGGAGCAGAACAAGUACCUCCAGAAGGAGAGAUCUUGUGUAUGACAGUGUUAAGGAUAGACCUACAAGAUACUCGGUCCCUAGUCAUGCUUACAGUGAAUGCAGUACGAAAAAGAAAACUGCUUAUGCCCAUAAAGAUUUCUUGAGUGGACUUUACCACGAUCAAAGAAAUUAUAGCAGCCUUAGAUAUAGUAAACCAGUUCCUUCGUAUCAUACUCGGUCAUCUUCCCUGUACAGUGAUCCAGUGGCAACAACUAGGAAUUACAGGGCGUCUUUGUGUGGUGAUGGAUUGCAUAGCUCAUAUAGUUCUCACACUUCAUCUGAAUACAGUUGGUAUUCUUCAAGAGCAAGCUCAAUUCGAAGUAGUCCUGUGUCCUCUGAUUUUUCUGAUCAAAGUGAAACUGCUGCUGAUUAUUUUAGUCGUUCCAACCGCAGGGGAAGCAUUGUUUCUGAUGCAGAUGAUGUCCAAGUUUUGAAUAGUCUGGAAGAAAAGAGUGAAAAAUCACAUUCAGAAAUUUUUUCAAGGCCAUCAUCUCGCAAUUCAAUUCCUCUGAGUGGCAACUCCUCUAGGAGAGGAAGUGGAGAUACAAGCAGUUUGCUGGAUCCUGAUGCCUCCCUCAGCGAAUUACGGGAUAUCUAUGAUCUUAAGGACCAGAUACACGAUGUAGAAGGGAGAUACAUGCAGGGACUUAAAGAACUAAAGGAUUCACUAGCUGAAGUUGAAGAAAAAUACAAGAAAGCUAUGGUUUCCAAUGCUCAACUAGACAAUGAGAAAAACAAUUUGGUUUACCAAGUGGAUACUCUAAAGGAUGUCAUUGAGGAGAAAGAAGAACAGAUAGCUGAGUUCUGUAGGGAAAAUGAAGAGAAGUCAAAGGAGUUGGAAAGACAGAAACACACAUGCAGUGUUUUACAGCAUAAGCUGGAUGAACUUAAAGAGGGCCUUCGACAGAGAGAUGAAUUGAUAGAGGAGAAUCAACGCAUGCAGCAGAAUAUAGACUGCAUAACCAAAGAGGUGUUUGAUCUCCAGGAGACAAUUAAUUGGAAAGAUAAAAAAAUAGGGGCCCUAGAAAGACAGAAAGAUUACUUUGACUGCAUUAAGAAUGAGCGAGAUGAGCUCAGAGAGGAGUUGGCUGACCUGAAGGAAGCAAUGAAGAGAGGAGAGAAACACGGAUUAGUUAUAAUUCCAGAUGGCACACCGAAUGGUGAUGUAAACCAUGAAUCAGCGGUUGGUGCAAUAACAGUUGUAUCACAGGAAGCUGCUCAAGUCUUGGAAUCUGCAGGAGAAGGACCAUUAGAUGUCCGGCUACGAAAACUGGCUGGAGAAAAGGAAGAACUAUUGUCCCAGGUUAGAAAGCUGAAGAUGCAAUUGGAAGAAGAACGACAGAAAUAUUCUAAAAGUGAUGGCAUGAAUCCGGAUAUAAUAGGCUUAGAGAAUGGUUCUGACUUGCAACUAAUUGAAAUGCAGAGAGAUGCAAACAGACAAAUUAGUGAAUACAAAUUUAAACUUUCAAAAGCUGAACAAGAUAUAACUACCUUGGAACAAAACAUUGGACGACUUGAGGGACAGGUUGCAAGAUACAAAAAUGCAGCAGAAAAUGCAGAAAAAGUGGAAGAUGAACUCAAAGCUGAAAAGAGGAAGCUUCAGCGAGAGUUAAGAACAGCACUGGAUAAGAUAGAAGAGAUGGAGAUGACCAAUAGCCACUUAAUGAAAAGGCUGGAGAAGAUGAAGGCAAAUAGGACUGCGCUUUUAUCUCAGCAGUGAAGUGGAAAUUGAAACUACAAUGCACUGCUCCUUGAAUAACUAGCCCCUAGCUCAUUUUUAAAUACAGACUUUCAUUGGCACAAGCUACUUGAACACUGAGCUGUUCAACGUUGUUUUAGUUUGAUAAUUAAAUGGCAUACAUCUUUUUGUAACUUAUGAGAGAAUGAAAUGUAGUUUGAAUUUCCCUGUGAAUGACAGCAAUUUUUCUGUAGCGUUUGAUUCUAGAGUCAGAGCUGGAACACAAUGCCGUAUGUUUGACCUAGUGAUAGAAAAUAUUCUCACAACUGUGGAAUCAAGUUUACUCACGAUCUCUUUUGGCUGCUUUAAUGAAUGCUUGAUGCUCGGAGACAACUGCAUGAAUCCAAGAAGACACUGUAUUAUAAACUAACAUACAUUUGCUCAAGACAUCACACAGCACAAGUGCCUUUUAUCUGGUGCAAUUUAAACUUCAUUGUUGAAAUAACCCUUGAAAUCAGAUAACAUUUUAUUUUAAGAUACAUUUGGGGUGUUCACUAAACUUUAUACAUUUUGAAAAUGCAUUUUUGUAAAAUAUUUAAAUUUAUAAGAAAAUAGGGACUGUAUAUAAAAACUGCUUUUUUUGCAUGGGCACAUCCAAGUUCUAGGUGAUUUUCUCAGAUAAUAGCCCCUGAUGCUCUUAGGACAAGAGUACAGAUUUUAAACUUCUGUUUGUACACCAUCAAUUUGUCAUCUGCUGCUUAAGCGUGAACUGAAAGUUUAGGGUGGGAGGAAGAGAUGGGAAAUGUGGCUAAGGAGUUUAUUAAAUGGACACUACUGACCAAAACCAGAUGUUUGUGUUUUCUUUUAAAUACUGAGAUAUCAACAAGAUAAAGUCUUCAGAGUAGUAAAUUUUGGUCUUCAUAAAAAUAUCCUUGUCUUUUUAAUCUAAAAGUUCUGAAGUGGUGUUAGCCACUGUUAGCCUUUGCUUGAGGCCAGCAUGAGCCAAACAUUUGGCCUAAGAGGAUCGUUCUUUUGGACUCAUAUCAGAUCCUUUUCCGUUGCAAAUUGCUGCCAUUCAGGAGUAUUUCUCAAAGCAAAGCAGACUUCAGGACACUUGUAAUCCAGAGCUUUAGUGGUUCUGUCUUUACCAGAGCUCCUUUACAAAGGAACAGCCAUCUCUGCAUUUCAAAAGCGUAGUUUGCUUUCCUUUUGCUUGUAUGUUAGGCCUCUUGGGCUUAGAAAAAGCUUUCCCUGUUGAGAAACAUCCUUUUAAGUAGCAGAUCUCCAGAGACCUGCUCAUUAACAGGAGACCGUUGGAUUCUGGUGAUCAGAUGGAUCAUGGUCUGUACUGUUAACUCUUUGCUUUCAUGUUGUGUAUGUGAUCAGAAAAGACCAUCUUAGUCUUGAACUUAGUUGUUCUUACCGUGUGUAUUCUGAAGAUGAAAGGAUAUUUUGGGGAUUUUGAAGGUGUUCACAUGUACAAAAACCUCUGCUUAAAUCUUAUUUAAUAUAUGGUGGGGAGCACAUCUUCUGGUACACUUCCUCUAAACUACUCUGUUGAAGCUGGAUAUUUCAUGGCACUCAAACAACUGUGUGAUUUCAGUAGUAAACUAUGACAGUCAGAUAAGGAAUUAUCAUCUCAGAAUUACCAGCAUCCUGAGAAACUUGGGAGCACAGGCAAAGCAUCAGUACAUCCUUUUUAAAGAUGAAGAUUGUUAGCUUUUUGGAAAGCCUUUUACUACAGAGGUCUGUUAGGUUAGCCAUUUUAGUUGUGGUGCUUCCCCAGUUCUUGCUACCAGAGAACUGAAACAAAUUCAGACAAAGAACUCAAAACAUGAGAUUCCCAAUGUUUACACUAACUGAAUAAUACUGGAUUGUGACUUAAUAUGACUCUAAUUAAAAAGUUUAAAAGGCAAUUAAAAGAACUAUGAGGAAAAUGCUCUGGGAAUAAUUAAUUGUAGAUCUUUCCACCUUUUUCCAAAACAAUUCUUACCUGGAAGAUUGUUUCACUAGCCCCAUGUGAAUUCCUUUUGUAUAUGGGACAGAUCCAAAUAAAAAUGAAAAGCAGUAAAUAAAAACAUGAUUAUCGA